UUUUCUUAAUCACACCUGAGUCUGGAAUGGAGAAGCUGGCAGAUAUUGUCAGUAGUGAUAAGGUUACAUCAUUUGAAGAUGAGCUGCUGGAGAGUUCAGAAUUUAUUCCUCAAAGAACAGCCUCAGCCAAAGUAGCUGUAGAAACCACAGAUGCCACAUUGGAAGACAAUAACCAUCAUGCAUCCACACAUGCUGGGAAAAGUCUUACAAGCCCUUUGUUGGAGGAUCUGGAUUCCUUCAACCUUAUAGAGCCCCCUCCGCUGGACUGGAGGUCUGACUCAUCAAGUGAAUGUUCACUUGAUGAAUUUCGGGAUAUUGAUGAACCUGGAUCUUCACAUACAGACUCCAUGGAGGUGCCUUUAGAGGAAGUAAGUGACUAUGGAGCUCAGAACACAAGCUUUACACUGGCUCUACCUCCCUCAGAAAUGGAAGGUGUUAUAAAUCAGGAGAUGGGAAUGAAUGAACCUGACACAUUGGAGAACAGUCCAGAGGAGAAAAGGGAGGAGAAGCCAGGAGAGGAGCAUAGACAACGGGACAUGGACCACUCCCACAUUCAAACUCUGCUUACCCAGCUUCAGCUCUUUCAUCCAACACCUUCUCCUAAAGAGACUGCUCAAGAAGCAGAACCAGAGCAGUCUACAUCCAGUCCUGAUGCUUUAACUGACAGAGACGCCUCACAGUGCGCAGCGCCCGAAGUUAACACUUACCAUACUUGCCCUGAGGGGAGCAUAGCCUCUGGUCUUCUUUUCACAGAGAGUCAUCAGAGAGAUCUGCUGCAGCUUUUGGAGGAUCCAGAGCCUUUGGAACCUCAGCCAGUUUAUACAGCCCAAACUAAUGAAAACAAUAUUGAGCAUGUGUCACAGCUUAUAGACUCCCAGACAAGGUACACAGCACAAAGUGUUGAGGCUGAUGAAGUGGUCUCUGUUUCAUACGGCCAAGAAACCUGGCACAGCCCCUUUCAGGAUGAGUUUAUGGUCUCUGGCUACUCUGAGGACGAAGUCUUGGCACAGUGGCGACAGUCCAAAGGUCUGUCCUUGGACGAGAUACCCUGCCAUACAGCUGAUGUGGAUGCUGAGGCUGAGGCUCAGCCUUCCUAUAAAGAUGUGCCUGGUCCCUGUGAUCCUGAAGAUCUUUUGGAUGGAGUCAUAUUUGGAGCUAAAUACCUGGGUUCCACACAGCUGCAGUCAGAUAAGAACCCCUCCACCAACGCUCGCAUGGCUCAGGCACAAGAAGCUGUUGACCGCAUCAAGGCUCCUGAUGGAGAAUCUCAACCAAUGACUGAGGUGGAUCUCUUCAUCUCUACUCAGAGAAUCAAAGUGUUGAGUGCAGACACACAGGAGGCUAUGAUGGACCAUCCUCUGCAGAUGAUCUCCUAUAUAGCUGACAUUGGAAGUGUUGUAGUGUUAAUGGCUCGUAGGAAGCCAGCCGUUCAUAAACCUUUAGAUACAGCAGCUUCACUUCAGCACACUUCAGCACCGCCCACGAAAUGCUGGAUGAUCUGCCAUGUGUUCUCGUCUGAGGAUGCACAGACUAUAGCUCAGGCAAUUGGCCAGGCUUUUGGAGUUGCAUAUCAGCAGUUUUUGCAAGAAAAUGGAAUUAAAGCGGGCGAGCUGCGGCCAGGAGAGUACAGUGACUACCUCGGCACACAAGAACUGUAUAACGGAGACCUGGUCCACUUCUCACGCUCUGAAAACAUUAGAGAGGUUUGCAUAACAAAGCAGGUGGGAGAGAUACUAGGGCUGGCAGUGGUAGAAUCUGGUUGGGGCUCCAUCUUGCCCACAGUUGUGGUGGCCAACCUGCUGCACGGAGGCCCUGCUGAGCGCUCGGGAGAGCUAAGCAUCGGAGACCGCAUCAUGUCUGUGAAUGGCACCAGCCUGGUCGGCCUCCCCAUCACCACCUGCCACAACAUCAUCCGAGACUUGAAAAGCCAGUCUCAAGUGAAGCUCAGCAUAGUUCACUGCCCACCAGUCACCAUGGCCAUCAUUAAACGACCAGACCCCAAAUACCAGCUGGGUUUCAGCGUGGAGGAUGGCAUUAUUUGCAGUUUAAUGCGUGGAGGGAUCGCAGAGAGGGGAGGCAUCCGGGUUGGUCAUCGUAUUAUUGAGAUCAAUGGGCAGAGUGUUGUAGCCACACCUCAUGAGAAAAUCAUCCAGAUUCUGAGUAAUGCGGUGGGAGAGAUUCAUUUGAAGACAAUGCCAACAUCCACGUAUCGUCUUUUAACCGGACAAGAGCAGCCUGUGUUCCUGUGACAGAGAUGAGUCGUCUGACAUUUCGUCAUUGGAUGCAGUUUUUCAUCUUGGAGCCACUCAGACACAGAGUUCCAUGCAAUGACUAAUGAAUCCUGAGUAUUAACUGUCACUGUGCACUCCCUCACUCUCUGUUCUAAAGUCAGCACUGAAACCCUGGAGCUCAACUUUGUAUUUUGAGACAUGCUAAUUGAAAUAAUUUUAGCCAAGUGAUUCACUAGGAGAACACUUUGAUGCAUUUCACAGCAUGGGCAUUUGUAUUCCACUGUGCCUUCCAGACCCUUAAGUGUGGAAAUAUGUUUGUGUGUAUAUUGUUUUUGGCACAAACCUACUGUUUUAUUGUGUAGGCUGUUUCAGCAAGACCGUUCACAUAUUUUGUAUUUCAGCUGUCAGUGACCUGGUCAUCACUGCAAGAGUUGAGGCCUUGCAUGCUGUGUUUAGAACUUCAGCCUCAGUGCCUGUAAGAAUGAAUGACCUUGGUUAUGUCAAGGUGUCUGCUUUUAGCAGUAGAACUAUUUUAAUAGCUGCUGUAUUGGAUGUUUAUUAAAAAUAUGUUCAAAACUUG